AUGACUGGUGAAAUCUUCAAGGGUAGUGUUUCUGGUUGUGUCUUGUCCAAGCUCAAAGAUAACGGAUCAACCACACCAUCGGGUCUUAUAGGUGCAUCACUAGCCCAUGCAUUUGCCCUUUUCGUGGCGGUCUCCGUCGGCGCCAACAUUUCCGGUGGCCAUGUCAACCCUGCCGUGACGUUCGGCGCCUUCCUCGGUGGGAACAUAACGUUGCUGAGGGGCAUUUUGUAUUGGAUUGCACAAUUGCUAGGCUCAAUUGUUGCUUGCCUGCUUCUUAAGAAACAUUUCGCAUUGUCAACGAAUGUCUCGGUGUGGAAUGUGCUCGUGUUCAAGAUUGUAAUGACUUUUGGACUAGUCUACACGGUCUAUGCCACAACAGUGGACCCAAAGAAGGGAAAUGUGGGCAUUAUUGCACCUAUAGCAAUUGGUUUCAUUGUGGGUGCCAACAUUUUAGUUGGUGGUGCCUUUGAUGGUGCAUCCAUGAACCCGGCAGUCUCGUUCGGCCCGGCCGUCGUUAGCUGGACCUGGACUCACCAAUGGGUCUACUGGGUCGGCCCACUGAUCGGAGUGGCCAUUGCAGCCAUUGUCUACGACAACAUCUUCAUCGUUGAGAACACCCAUCAACAAUUACCCGCCACAAAUUAUUAG